GGCGGCGGCCAUGUUACGGUAGUUUGUUGUUUUCUCCCCGCGGAGGAGCAGGGCCAGCGACCGGACCCGCCUCGCUCUCCGCGUCCUCAUUCCGGCCCGCCGGCCCCGGCCCCGGCCCCGGCCCCCAGCUGGCGCGCGGGGCGAGGCGGAAGCGGGCGUCGCAGCAGCAUGGCGGCUGCGCUGGGAGCGGGCGGAGGAGCCGGCGCCGCAGAUGAUGACUUUGACCAAUUUGAUAAGCCUGGUGCAGAGCGGUCCUGGAGGAGAAGGGCUGCAGAUGAGGACUGGGACAGUGAACUUGAAGAUGACUUACUUGGAGAAGAUUUGCUAUCUGGCAAAAAGAAUCAGUCGGAUUUGUCAGAUGAAGAGCUGAACGAUGAUCUUUUACAGAGUGAUAAUGAAGAUGAUGAAAAUUUCAGUUCUCAGGGUGUCACAAUUAGUCUGAAAACCACAUCUGGCAUGGUCACAUCAUAUGAACUGGCUGACAACACUAAUGACCAGUCUGGAGAACAGGAAUCCGAGUAUGAGCAAGGAGAGGAUGAACUGGUUUAUCACAAGUCAGAUGGGUCUGAAUUGUACGCUCAUGAGUAUCCGGAGGAAGGACAGUAUGAAGGCCAGGAUGCCGAGCUGACAGAAGACCACAUGGAGUAUGUGGAAGAGCCAGAGGAGGAGCAGCUGUACAAUGACGAAGUGUUGGACAUCGAGAUCAAUGAGCCUUUAGAUGAAUUCACAGGGAAUAUGGAGACUUUGGAAAUGCAGAAGGAAAUAAAAGAAGAGUCAGAUGAAGAAGAUGAUGAGGAUGAAGAAUCUGGAAGAUUGCGUUUCAAAACUGAAAGGAAAGAAGGAACAAUUAUUAGGCUCUCAGACGUAACUCGAGAGAGAAGGAACAUUCCAGAAACUUUGGAGCUUUCAGCAGAAGCCAAAGCUGCAUUGCUUGAGUUUGAAGAAAGAGAACGCCAGCAUAAGCAGGGCCGCUAUGGUUCAAGGCGGGGCGGAAGGAGAGGAGGUCCUUUAAUGUGUCGUGGAAUGGGGGACCAGAGAAGAGAGAACAGCGAGAGAGGCCGCAUGAAGGACCACAGACCUGCGCUGCUCCCCACACAGCCUCCUGUGGUGACGCACUCUCCAAGAUUAAUUCCUCCAACCCAGCCUCAGCCUCCCCCGCCACCACCACCCCAGCAGCAGCCCAUUCGAAGCCUGUUCCAGCAGCAGCCCCUGCAGCCCCUGCUGCCCCUGCAGCAUCCGCACCACCCCUCCCCUCCGCAAGGAAUGCAUGUACCACCCCAGAUGGAGGCGCCCAGGGUGAUGAUGACCCCUCCACCCGUGACCCCACAGCAGCCCAAGAACAUCCACAUAAACCCCCACUUCAAAGGAGCGGUGGUGACGCCUGUGCAAGUGCCCUUGCUGCCAGUCCCGAGCCAACAGAGACCUGCGGUGGGACCCCAGAGAUUCCCAGGCCCUCCAGAAUUCGCACAACACACCCCUGGACCGGUUCCCAACAAUUUUAGCCAGCCCCCACGGCUUCCUCUGCAGGACCAGUGGAGAGCACCACCCCCUCCCCAGGAGCGAGACCCCUUCUUCUUAGGAGUUUCAGGUGAACCUCGUUUCCCGAGUCAUCUCUUUCUGGAGCAGCGAAGCCCCCCACCACCGCCACCCCCUCCCACACUUCUCAGCAGCGCUCACCCUGUGCCCACGCCCAGUCCCUUACCAUUCACUCAGCCUGGACCAGCUUUUAAUCAGCAAGGACAGCAGCCCGUGUUCCCUCGAGAGAGGCCUGUGAGGCCCACCCUGCAGCCUCCAGGUCCCGUGGGCCUGCUGCACUUCAGCCAGCCAGGGUCCGCUGCCACUCGGCCUUUCAUUCCUCCUCGACAGCCCUUCCUGCCGGGCCCUGGACAGCCAUUUCUGCCCACACAUGCACAGCCUAACCUACAGGGGCCUCUGCACCCCCCGUUACCCCCUCCCCACCAGCCUCCGCCACAGCCUCAGCAGCAGCCCCCGCUGCAGCCACCUCCGCAGCACCCGCCGCCCCCCCAGGCACAGCACCAGCCUCCUCACCAGCCGCAGCAGCACCAGCACCACCACCACCUGUCUGUUCCCCCGCCACCUCUGAUGCCCAUGUCGCAGCCCCAGUUCAGGCCUCAUAUGCAGACGGCUCAGCCUCAGCAGAACAGCAGUCGGAUGCAGUGCCCCCAGCGCCAGGGGCUGAGGCAUAAUACGACAUCUCAGAAUGUAACCAAACGGCCAAUGCAGCAGCUGCAGCCAACUGCCGCCAGAAACAGUAACUUGCGUGAGUUACCAAUAGCGCCCUCGCACGUCAUGGAACUGAGUAACAGUCGUGGUGCAUCCACGCCUGGCGCUCAUGGAAAGCCGACGGGCAGCAUGUCACCACCCUUGAGACCUGGGCCUAGGAACACACAGGGGAAGAUGGACUUGAAGGCCAAGCCCGUUAGCCCUGAGGGUCAACCUAAGGAAGAAGCAAAAGCAGAACCAGAGUUUCCCGAUGAAGAUGAAGAAACGAGGCUGUACCGCUUAAAGAUAGAAGAGCAGAAGCGCCUGCGAGAGGAGAUCCUGAAGCAGAAGGAGAUGCGCCGGCAGCAGCAGGCCGGAGCCAGGAAGAAGGAGCUGCUGGAGAGGCUGGCGCAGCAGCAGCAGCAGCAGCAGCAGCAACUCUGCAGCCCCGGAGCCCCCGCGGAGCGGGAAGAGCCGCCGGCGUUGCCGUUGCCCACCAAUGGAAACCCCUUGCUACCCUUCCCUGGUGCCCAGGUCCGACAGAAUGUGAAAAACAGACUUCUCGUGAAAAACCAAGAUGUUGCUCUUUCAAGUCUUCAGCCGAAAACGUCAAACUUUGUGCCAUCUGGUGCUCACAUGCAGUAUUCGGGACAGCCGGUGAAACCCCUGAAGCACUUGAGACACAAAGUCCUGCAGGCACAGCCUGAGGAUGGGGACGAGCUGCCCCCGGCACAGACCGCCCGAGUGACGGCCCUCCAGGGCCGGCCCCCAGACUCCAAGCCCGGCGCCAAAAGGACUGUCAUGCACCGGGCAAACAGCGGUGGAGGAGAUGGGCCGCAUGUCAGCUCCAAAGUCAGGGUGAUUAAAUUGUCAGCUGGGCAGGGAGGAGAGAGCGAUGGCUUUUUUCACCCGGACGGCCAGCCCCAGCGGCCUCCCCAGCCUCCAGAAGUGAGACAGCAGCCUGCCCGCAAGGUGACGCUGACCAAGGGGGCCCUUCAGCAGCCCCAGCACCUGCCAGUCGGGGCCCAUGUGUACUCAGCAGGCCCUCCGGGCAUCAAGAGCAUCCAAGGGAUUCACCCCACCAAGAAGGUCGUCAUGCACGGGAGAGGCCGGGGAACAGCAGGGCCAAUGGGCCGCGGGCGCCCGAUGCCAAAUAAGCAGAACCUGCGGGUGGUGGAGUGCAAGCCGCAGCCCUGCGUCGUGUCUGUCGAAGGCCUGUCGUCAUCCACCACUGACGCCCAGCUGAAGAGCCUGCUCAUGUCAGUGGGACCCAUCCAGAGUUUACAGAUGCUUCCCCAGCAACGGAAAGCCAUAGCCAAGUUUAAGGAGCCAGCCCAUGCGUUAGCAUUUCAGCAGAAGUUCCACAGGCACAUGAUCGAUUUGUCCCACAUAAACGUGGCCCUGAUUGUGGAGUGAUUUCUAGCAGGGAGGCUGACCUUACACUGCACACACAGCUGUGGACUUUCUUCAAGGAAGCUGCCGGCACAGGACCCGCCAGCGAGGUCUCCGUCCAUCUGCUAACUCUUGUCCAGAGCGCCGGGCGGCCCAGCAUUGGUUCCGGGAGAGCUGAACUUGCAGGACGUGGCAGGCUGGAGUUCAGUGUUGAUGGCUUCAAGUUCUGUGGCCACUUCCGAGAACUCCAGUUUUUGUUUUCUUUUGUUUUCAAAGUGCUUACAAUGCAUGUAGACACUGUUCUUCGUAAUUUUACCAUCUGAUCGAUCGCUCACCGUGACUUAGGUUCAGGAAGGAACAUUAGCAGCACAAAUUCCUAGUACUUUCCACAGCAAAGAAUAUUUGAUAAUGGUUGCACUUAUCUUCAGUGCAGGCUAGACCAGAGGGUCUUCUCAGAAAGCCCUCUACUGGUGCUUGUAAAAACAGGUGAAAAUGUGGGUGAUGGUGAUUGACAGCUGCCUGAGGGCGGUGGGGCAGGGCUCGGUGUGGCAGAUCUGCUUCCUGUAAAGGUUCCAGAAGCGCAGUUGCAUAUCCGAGUUCCUGAGGGGACUCCCCACCCAUUUUUAACUUCCCAAAUAGGGCGAGGACCAGGUGGUCGCCACUGUGCUUCCCUGGGGGCAGAGAAGCCGGGGUGCUGCUCUGGCCGGGGCCCUCACUGGAGCUCCCUGCCUGGUGGGGUGCACAGUGGGCCUGCCGGGCAGAAGGACAGCCUGAAGCUUGAACAGACCUGGUUGGGUUUUUUCUCUUUAAAUGCAGCCCAAAGCGGCAGAUGUCACUGACUCUGUGACAUGCAGCGUGCGUGGGGAAGCUGGCUAUCAUUGCUUCGAAUGAUCUGUUUUUAUAAGGCCUUUGAGUGGCGCUGCGUGUCCUUCAGUAGACCGAGGGCAAGGUGACAGAGACCCCAGCACGCCAUUCUUCACGGCGUGUGGUGCGAAGGAGGCUGUCUCACAGGGACAGUGGGAUCCAGAGCGAAGUUUUUGCCACCCAUGAGUGAUUGUGCGUGGGCUCCUUUAGGUGGGGCUGUGCUCCCACAGAGCAAGCUGAGGAGAACUUAUCUGGGCGAGCGUGGAAAAGUGCCUUACUGCAUUUCUGCUCACGGAGGAGUUCACGAGGAGUUACUCUGACGUGGACCUGAGUGAGCGAAUGGUACUGGGGUACACUUAGACUUUUUAGCUGUGUUUUAUACUAAGACGUCACGUCUGAGUUAUCCAUAGAAGUGAUAGAAAUAGAAGCAUGCUGCCACUUACUGUCUGGUUCGUCCAGCGGGGACCAGAUUGGGAGCCCGGAGGCCUGUGCAGAGAUGGCUCCUCGAGACUCGGCCUCCUCGUGGGAGCUGAGACCCAGGUUGUGGGGGCUGUACCAUCGUGUUUGUACAGUUGAGGUUUUAUUUUACUUUUUCAAAGUAAGUGAGCAGAACUGAAGGGGAGUAUCCAGAUCCUGUGAGACCUUGUGUAGUGUUGAUUCUCAGAUGGCAUGGUGUGCUGAGUGAGCCUGGAAAACGAGGGUGCUGCUGAUGGCGCUCCCAGGAGAGGUCAGCUCAGGAAAGUGCAGGCACUCCUAGGGUCCCCGGGAACAGCGCCCACUGGGCACCUGGCACCCUGCUCCCGAGAGCCCCUGACUGGCCAGCCCCACCCAGAGUCAGUGCCCUGUGCCCAGCAGCUGCCUGAUGCGGGCUCGCUGCCCGCUCUCACAGCCGCGGGGGAGCUCACAGAGAAAUGCGUAACGCAGUGCAGUGAAGUGACAAGGUAGCUGGAAGCUCUAGUUAGAUCCAGACCACUCCCCACUCUGCUGCCAGCAGGAAGGCUCAGUCGAUGGACUGUCCCCAAGGACUUCCUGCCACACAAGAUGAGUUGAACAAACUUUUGCUGCUUUCUGAAAUAGUCUGUGCGGUGGCUUGGAAGCCACAACCCUGCAUGUGGGCUCUGGAGAGUGGGUGUGUAGCAUCCUUUCUUCCCAUCAGUGAUGGCGAGCCAACCUGUCCGGCCCCGCGGCGACUUCAGACCGACUCAGGGUGCUUCAGGGCCUGCGUUUGGCAUGAUAGGACAUGGGUGCCUGGAUGUGUGUCUGUGCUGUCUGCACACACGGGCAUGCUUUUUCUCCAUGCCCUGUCCUCUAGGGGGAAGUGGGCCUUUUCCAGAGCCCAGGUGGGCACGCUCCACACGGGGCCGCGGGGUGGGGACCCUGCAGUGCAGCCGGGCCUGGGCACAAAGUUGAGUUUCCUUGGAGGAAACUGCCGACAAGGAAAGCAGCAGCAUGAGAACGUGAUUUUAUUUCCAUUCGUGGUGCACUGCUCGCAGGGAAGUGGGACACCGUAGCUGAGCCCUCUGGGAAGAUCUGUUGCAACCAUUAUCUCUGUUCUUUAUUUAUCAUGCAUUUAAAUGAGACGCAGAUGCAUCCAACACACUGUGUAAAUACGGACCUUUUAAAAUUGAAGUGUUAUUGGAGAUGUUUUCAAUUCAGCAACACCUUAGCUCUUUGCUAGUUCUUUUGUGUUGUCUCAUCAAAGUUUAAUGGAUGCAGUUCCAUAAUUGUUGACGUGUUCGUGUGUAUAUCCGAUUUUUAUAAAGAUGGGAGUAAGUCAA